UGUGUAACUCAUAAAAUCAAGAUAAAUUACAUCAAGAUGAAUAAUUAGAAUAGCAUUGUAACUCGUAAAAAGUUAAAAAGUAACGAUUACAAGGGAACCUGUAAUCAAAAUAAUAAAAUUGCAACAUAUAUUUAAAAAAAAAGCACACGCUCCCAUACCGCUGAGUAUCCAUACCUACUACAGUAACUGUUUUAAAACUUCCCAUUUUGGAACGAAGUUAUGAAAUCUGAGCAGUGAACACGUAACAUUUUGCUUGAAUGGAAAUGGUGACGAUUGAUUCAGAAUUUGUAAAAUCUUUCCCAGGAGCUCAACUGGGUACGGCAGUUAUGCUGAUGUCUGCCGGCUUCUUGGCAAACUAUUGGGGAUGGGCCUCUAUAUUCUACUUUGUUGGUAUAUGUGGAGUCAUCUGGACCCUUUUCUAUAUCUUUAUCGGAGCAGAUGAACCCCAAAACUCAAAGUUGAUAAGUGAUGAAGAGAAGCUGCAUAUUCAGACUUCUCUUGGUCAAAUUGGAGGCAAAAAAUCACUUCCUAUGCCAUGGACGUCGUUGUUGACGUCCAUGCCCUUCAUCAGUCUGAUCAUCGUGCACUGUUGCCAAAACUGGGGAUUCUAUACACUGAUGACCGAGAUGCCAUCUUAUAUGAGCCAAGUUCUCGGAGUGAACGUUAAAGCGAAUGGUGUAUUGUCGGCCACUCCUUACAUCGUGAUGUAUAUUCUCAGUUUUCCCGUUGGCUUCAUAUCUGAUUAUGCCCUCGGCAAGGGCUGGGUUAGUACUACUGCUGCAAGAAAGAUUAGCAAUAGCAUCGGUACUAUUGGCCCAGCAUUGGCUUUGAUUGGAUUAGCGUAUGUGCCAGCUGGUAACAUAACCCUAGCGGUGAGUACACUAUCCGCCGUGGUGGGACUCAACGCAGCACUGCUCACUGGCUUCAUGCUAGUUCAUCUGGAUAUGGCCCCCAAUUUUGCAGGAACUAUGCUUGGCAUCUCGAAUGCCAUUGGCAACAUCAUCUCCAUCAUUGCACCAUUAGCAGCUGGAGCUAUUAUAAAAGACGAGACUGAUGCAGGAGAAUGGCGCAAGGUGUUCUACCUAGACUCAUUUAUUUAUAUCUUCGGAAACACCAUCUUCCUCAUUUUCGGAACCAGUGUACGACAGUUGUGGAACGACCCGAAGCUAGAUAAAAACGUCGAAAAUAUUACUGGUAAUAAUAUUUUAUAUUUACAUUUUAUAAAAUGAAAUAGUGAAGCAGGCCUCGUUUUUUUAGCAUUAAAAAGGGUAGAUAAGAUAAGAGUAUAAGAGACUUUUUAUUGAAAAAAUGUCAGGAUCGUGGCAAGUGGAAAUCCGUGGUAUCUGCCUACUUCGAGAAAUAGGCGUGAUUACAUAUAUGUGGGUGUAUCAUGUCUAUGUUAAUACUUAUAACUGUGUCGUUAGAUUCGUCUCCGUAGAAAAAACAUGACUUCUAAUAUGUGUAAUAGUAAUCAGGCGGGUUUUUAAAUUAUUUCCAAUAACAUCAUCAAUCAACAAAUUUAAAUAUAUCAUUAGUAAACAUUCAAUCAAAUAUAUAUAUAAAUAUUACCAAGUGUUAAAAUUGGAUUAUGUUUUUUUCAGAUGCUGAAGAAUCAGAAAAAGUUAUAUAAACUCUACUAAGAGACAAAUGUAUAUAAAUACAAUUAAUAUAUCAUACUCCAUUUUUUAUGUU